AUGCAACAGCUACCACUUGGAAAUAUCCCUGGCGUACCCACGCUACCUGUAUCCAAAGGUAACAUUUGUUAUGGAUACCCUAACAUUGGGCCGUGCUGGAACUAUUCCAUAGCGAAGAAACUUAAAUGGGGCGGCGCGUGCUGUUGCUCCUGCUACGAUGCAGCUAUUGAUGGCGCUUCUGUUGCGAUGCGGGUGGCGGUGUCGCAGCCAUUGUUGCUGAUGGUGUUACCGAUGCGGCCGUUGACGGUGCUGGCGCGGUUGUGGCAGCUGGCUGUGCGCGGCAAGGCUGUAGCGUCGAUAGAUGAGAUCGAAUGUCUUGCCAUCGGAGUUGCCAUCGGAAGCGUUACCAAUGGUGGCGAAUGA